AUGACAACUUGCUCUAUUUGCAAAUUUGACGUGCCUAGCAGUUUAUCUUUUGUAAAAUGUUGCAAUCACAUGGCUCAUACAAAUUGUCUCAAAAACUUUGUAGCCAAACGUAAUUGCUGCCCUAAAUGUAGCGAACAAAUUACUCAAAGUGAUGUUGUUCCAAUUGUUUUUGAUCCUCCACAACAACAACCAAAGAAUUUACAAAAUGAGGGGAACUCUAAUCGUGUUAGUGAAGUGCUAAAUGCAGUUUUAGAACGCUUAAAAGGAUAUAGAACUGGUACUGAUCAAGAAGAUGCCCAAAUUCGACAUGUUGGAGAAGCUUUUGACAUAAUUGUUCGCGCUAAAAAUAAUGAAAAUAAUCCUGAAAAACCUUCCACUUCAGACGAUGUUACGCCGUUUAAACAAAAUGCUUGGGAUAAAAUUAUGAGUAUUGUAAAAUCAAAAGAAGUUGGGUUUAUUGUAUUGGCACUCAUAUUAGGUAUUUUUUCUCAAUGUUUGAAAUCAUCUGCUUGUUCAGACUUGGUAAUAGACAUCUUUGUAUCUGUUACGGCGGAUAUAGACGGAUAUCCGCAUGCAUUUUGA